AAUCUUGAUAAGUGUAGAUAUAGACGAGCAGCAAAUUACCACCUCGCAGAUCAAAACAAUCACAUAAUUAUAGGCUAGGCUCUAGGCCUAUAUGGAAUCCAAACAAGAAUAUGUAGACAUUCCUCCUUUUAGGAUCCGAUUGUUUGCAGGUGAGAGUCUAUUAUAAUGAUGGCUACAUCUAAUGUUAAUGAUAACAGUCAAUGGCUAUCUAUAAGCGAAGAAACACUCUUUCUUCACAAUGGUUUACUGAGAAUUCUUGACCUUGUUGAGCUUCCACAGGCCUCAGACAACCAUGCUGCAGACGCAGUAGGCCUAGGCCUAGGUGAGAAUGGAGUAGGCUUAGGCCUGGUAGCCUUCGACUCGAAAGACCCAAAGGAACUUACAGAAAGGCUCUUGGCUGUCUGUGGUACUCAAAAUAAUGUGUUCGCAUAUUCUAGACUGCUUGAUUAUAGGCUCAAUGCAUUAAAAGGUUUGUGGACUGCACAAAGACAGCUUGCUACAACGUCAGAAAAAGCUGUAGAAAAAGAGGCAGCAAGCCAGGAGGAAACAUUUAGUCUACUGAGAAAACAAGGGUUGUGGCAUCAAGGUGAUACAGUAAGUUUUUCAAGCAGGGUAAGCCUACUACUCGUUUUUCCCCUCUUGAAAUCUCAAAGUGCUGUUGAUCCAGGUUUAAUUGGAACCACAACAAAGCUAUUGCUAAGUUGUCUACAAGAUUGUCCACCAUUAAGUUUGAUGAAGGAACCUUCUGAUUGUCUGAAUGGCCUGGAAAACCUUUUGUGUACAUGGCUUGGAGAGAAUUCAGAAACUGAAUGUUCAUUAAAGAUCACAGAUAUUGAGCAAAAAGAAAGUGCAGCUGCAGCCCUAACAGCUUUAGCUUGUGCAAGAGGAUCUAUAAAGACACUUAUUCAUACUGUACAUUUACUCCAAAAACUAUCGAAUGAAAUUACUUCUCUACCUGUUGCCAAAAUCCUGCACAAGUUACUGCAGCUUGCUGGGGGGCCAGGAUGCCCAUCAUCUCUACUGGGUACAAAGCAUAUACUCUGCUGGGGCUUUGAAGAUAUGUUAAGCAUCGGAGAAAACAUCAAUGACCAAGAAAAAGAUAAAGAGAAUGAGUUUGGUAGAAGCAUUGGAUGUGAUGGUAAUUUUUUGUACUCGACUGAUUCAUGUGGAAGAGGAAUUGCCAAGAUUGGUACAGGCAUGCAUGGCACUCUUCGGGGAUAUGUAUAUGCAACAAACCAGGAGCUAGAACCAGGGUGGCUAACUUAUGGGGAUGACUGCUUAGCACACAGACCUAGUUCAUUUGAUGCCAAAAGUGGAGUGUUGUUUAUUGAGGUUGAUGCACAUACUCUAAAGAUGAAAGAAGUGGUAACAUUUAAACAAACAUCCCUGAAUCCUAUUACCAUAGCUCUAUGUAGUGAUGGUUUAUUCUUUUAUUGGAUAUGGUGUCCAACUGGUAUGGACAAGAAUGGGAAAGGGCAGAAUAUCUACCUAGAGGUUUUCAAAAUUCAGAAAUCAGAAGAAAAAUAUCAAGCAAUCCACGUACAACAACCAGUGAUAUUACAGCGCAAAGAGGAAAGUACAAAAACAGACACAACAACUUUGAUGGCACGGCUGCGUAAUUACCGCUCCACCACUAUGGCAUUGGCAGCACUGGCUGGCGGCCCAGUGCAGAGUGCUACUAAAGAUGAUACAUCUAAUACAAGUUGUGGAUUAGCAUUGAAAGUGCUAAGGAAGUCACCAAUGUAUGUGUGUGGUACUAAUGUAGUGAUCAUUACCCCUCCGGUCGGAGGUUCUAGUGGAGGGGCUAGUAGUAGUACAUCUACUAGGGCUCUGUUUGGCACAGGAUCUGCUCUCAACACCAGUAGAGCCCUGUGUACGAAUCAUAUAUACAGUGUAUCCAAUGGUAACUUCCAUGUGAGGGUUGACUGUACGGAUGCACCGGCAUCCGCAUUGGCACGAGGAGCUAGUGUACAGAGUAUAGGUGUGUGUUAUGAUGUAAUAAAUGAUAUGAUAUGGACCUGUUCAAAUGAUUGGGUUGAUCAGUGGUACAAUCCUGGGCUUAGGGCCCCUCACCAUGUCCACCGUCAACUUGGAGUGGAACCUCCAACUCAACAUGCUGGACUGACCGUUCUCUACCCGACACCAGAAGAGCAAACCUGUUUAAUCCAACAACUUUUGAGAGAUGGUGAUGGCACACCAGCAUUAACUAAACUAUGUGAUCUGUUAUUAGUGAACUUAGCUCAACAAUUAAGACAAGAAUGGAACAAUAAGGAGCAACCUGUUCAGUUGAGUGAUGAACUGAUUUACUACAUCCUGAGAAUAGCUGUGAAGGAAUCUUGUAUUUUAUUGAGGAACUGCCAGACUAUGGAAGAUGAUCAGUUUCAGAUGUUCCUUGCUAGCACUCCACGUGCGUCCCCAUGUCUUCAAUAUAUCAUGGGUGUCCUAACAUGCGAGACAAGGAAUUUAAUCUUAAGCUCACCAGAAGAGAAAACAAAUGGAGAACAGCAAGAGACAGGUAGCCAGACUCAAGAACCUGGUGCAUUAUUCCUUGGAAUAGCUAGUAAUAUUUUGAAAGGCAGUGAAAAGGUGUUAGAAGUAUUAUUAGAGGUAGUGAGUAAUCUUGUGAAUGAACCAAGUGAAAUUGCUACACCAAGAAUUGAAGCCCUAGAGAGAGUAUUAAAAGGAACCGUGUUGGGACACCUCUUACCACUACUUACAACUUCAUUAGCACACCCUAAGUUGUGUUGUCUGAGUGUUGUGCAACAGCUGAUGCCUCAGUUGGUACAACUUGUCCUUCUUAGUAGUAAGGUUGCUCUGCGCAUGAAGAAUCACAUAGAGAACUCUGAAGAUUGUGCAGGGAAGCUGUAUCCAUCCAGUUUAUCAGAUAAGGGAGAUGGAUUCUUAGGUGGAUUUAAGAUACCUGCUCCUUGGUCAUCAGGCAAAGUAGUAGAGACGAUCCAUCCAGUGAGAGAUAACUACAAGUUCAGAGAUACCAUUCACAUUCCUGGUGCCAGGUGUUUAUAUCUUCGUUUUGAACCCAGGUGUGCCUCGCAAUAUGAUUAUGAUAAGGUGGUAGUGUAUGCCGGACCUACAACAAGUUCCAGAAAGGUUGCUGAAUAUGGUGGCAAUACAUAUGGUUAUGGUAGUCGAAGUGUUCUUGGAUCUGGUUGGCCUAAAGACCUUGUCAAGGUUGAGGGUAGUACCGUUACUUUCACAUUUGAGAUGCGAAGUGGUCGUGAGCACAACACCCCUGACAAGGCACUGUGGGGAUUCAGCUGUAUGGUGAGGGCACAUGAGAGCUCAGAACUACCAUCAAACCAUCUACCAUUUGUUGUUGACAUUGCCUUAGGCCUAGCUGUUCUCACUUGUACACAUCUACAUGUGUUGUAUGAUGGCCCAAAAGAGAACCAGAAUGAGAAAGAAUGUCAGCAUAUAUUAAGUUCUAAGAUAUUACAAAGAUGUAUUUGGCAGCCCACUACUGCUACUGGUGCUAAAACUUUAAGAAUUCCAGCUGCUGUACCGCGCAUAAAAAUGUCAAAAGAUGUACUACGGAAACUGAAGAGCUUAGCAGGUAAAGCAGAACCUACUUUGAGACCCAGUGCAAGAGAAGUAAUCCAGCCGGAAACUAUGCAUGAGGUCAUAAUGUCAGCUGUUAUGAAACACCUCAACAUUCAGGAUCAAAUUGAGUCUCUCUCAGAGCAAGAUGAGAACAAAGUGAAACUUAUGAAUGUGGUCCAAGAAGUAUUUAAGAGACUUUAUGCACUGGAACGACAGUUGCAGGCCAUGUGUGAGUUAGAACAGAAAUGGACCAAUGAUGUAGAAGAUAUGAGGAAAUUAGAAUCCACCUCCAGUGACAUCUAUUCACCAUUCUUUGCAGACUAUCAUCAUCAAGAGACUAAAUUGUAUGAACUGGAGAUGCUAUGCUAUAUCAUAGGUGUAUCAGUAGAUAUUAAUAAUCAAGAAAAAUCAGUGAAGAUCCUUAGAGAAAAACUUGAAAAAGAGGUAAAGAGCAAUGAAACUAAACCGAAAUUAUGCAGAUGCAAAGCCCUAGUAAAUGGUAUAAUUGAGAGAGCUGAACUGUUGUUACUAGUUACCAUAGCAACAAAAAAAUUCACUCCAGAAGGUGUAUUACGAAGUAUAUCAGAAAACAGCCAACUGGUCAUUGCUCAAAAUGUCAGUAAGGAUGUCCCCAAGAAGACCAGUGUGUCCUCCGCUUAUUCUCGCAGUGCUUCCGUCCCAGCUGGCCUAGGAGGCCUAGGACUUCGCCACAAGUCACAGGCCAGGUCUCAAAGGAGAUUUGAAAGAGAAGGUGCUAUAUCAUUAUUGCAAGAUUCAAUGUUAAAGGAAACCCAAGAAGGCUUACCAGCCUACCUUAGAUUUCUAGAUGAGAUCCUCACCUUUAUUGGCACCAACCCUGAACGUAUAGUGUCAUGUGAGAACUUCUUAGCAGCUGCUAGAGUGCGUCAGCAGCGUGCUGAAAGUCGUAAGCAGGCUCUGGGCCAUAUACGUGAACUGUUAAACGCAGCAUGUCAAAUUGGAGAAGGAACUCACCUCGUGGUUGCAGUUACAUUAGUACUACAACAUGGACCAAAGAUUGGGGAGCUUUAUUGUGGUGGUAUGGUAGAAGACGUCCAGCAGGCAUUCUUAGAAACAAUGACGUCGGUGGUGAAAUUGGCAGCCAUGCACCCUCUGGCUUGCGGCAACAGUAUUGCAUUGUUAUGUACAAUACCGUACACAAGGAAUGAGGAGCAGUGCUUGGUAGAUAGUGGUCUUGUUCAGCUUCUUGAUAAGCUGUGCAGUUUAGGCCAGGUCACAGGGGACAUUGGAGGAUCCAGUUCAAAGAGCAGCAGGCUACAUGUGUCAGCACUAGCUUGGGCUGGUUUUCAGGUGCUUGCUAAUCGUUGUGUUUCAUGGGAAAGCAAUGAGGAUUUGUCCCAUGAUUUUCUUGGUAAUACCGGCCUGGCUCGUCAUGUUUCAGCACUUCUUACAAAUCAUUUAGCAAGAGCAACAGAGAACAAAGGCAACGAAGCUGCAGGCAGUGAAGCACUGCAAGAUGUCCUCAGUCUUUUAAAUAACCUAUCACGGAGUCGAAUGGGACGUACAAUCUUAAGCCAGCCAGCCUGUGUUUCAAAGCUUCUGUCCUUACUGCUAGACCAGCGUCCCUCCCCUAAACUUGUGCUCAUCAUCCUUCAGCUGUGCAGGGUAGCCUUACCGCUGAUGAAUGCAGAGGAUUGUGAAAAAGUAGAGUUGCCACCGUGGGGACAAGAUGUUCCCUCCUUCGGUAGUCAAGAAGAUGCCCUCGCAGACCCACCUGCUAAAAUUGCAAGCUUGCUCCUUGCUAAACUAGGUGACUAUAUUGUGCCAGGCUGUCAAACCACUGCUAUUGUUGAACCCAAUGGCUCUAAAUCCGGUUCUGCCACAAGCAGCUCAAAGGUGAUGAUGCAAGACCAGGAUGUAGGUGAUGAGACUGAUGUGCAAGACAGACAGCUGUCAAUCUUUGUCCACAAGCGAGCAGAUCAAACAUCUCAUGAAGUCAUACAGCCAUUACUCAGUGCUGAUGGCCGUCCAUUCAGACUUGGCAGUGGUCCAAACAUGGAGAGGGUUCUUCACAUGGAUCAAGAAUUGACACGGAAUGGAAAAACAGAAGUAUUGACAGACGAAGCAAGGAUGGCAUUGAGACGAGCUGCUCGCUGGGCUCAAUGUGGCUUAGUCCUUAGCUCAUCACCCCCCGUGGAAACUGCUUCCGGCGACACUGGUCAUGAAAAGAAGAAAGUGAAUUCAGAAUCAAUUUGUAAAGAAAGAAAUUCAGAACUUGCCAGGACUGACCCUGUGCGUCCAUUUAUUAGUGGGCAUGUAGCAAACAGCAUGGCCACUGAGGUCAUUGCACUUUUACAUGGUCUGCUGACAGCUCCUGAGUCAGCUGCUGCUCAAAUCUGGGCUUCGGCUGUUGAAAGGGUUUUGACACAUUCACUAAGCUUAGUGUCCACCUUGACCACUGCACUGUCCACACACAUAGAUCUCUUGACGUCUCACCCUCAAGGUGAGAUGAUUGAGAGUCUGAUGUCUGUUUGUCGUAAAGUUGUGGCAGCAUUUUGUGCCCUUGGAGGGUUCAAGGAUAGCAUCAAAGUUGGGCUACAGGUUCAGGUUAUUGGAGAUGGUCCCAGUAGCAUUACAGGCAAAGUUAUAAGUAUUUCAGAGCAGCAAGGAAUUGCUACAGUGUUGUUUGAUAUCGCCAAGGAACAUGGUAUACCCAGAUACAAUGAUACUCUGGAGGUGCCUUUGACAAGACUGCAAACACCUCACACUCAGGCACUGUCCUUGGACCAGUUAUCCAUGACUGAGAAGAUAGUGUCGGCAUUGCAUGCUCUGCUGUUACCAGGUGGACAAGGUGCCCUGUCUCCGCUUGAGAUUCCACUCCCUGCUAUUGGUGAUGGAAGCAGUAUCACCAUGGCAACAUGCAGAGUGUUAGCAGAAAUAAAAUCUAGGGCGUCUAUGGUUUUAGCGGCAAAUAUGAAAAACACCGCAUUUGCAGCAGAAUUUGUGAGGUACUCCUGUGCACCUUUGGAUGUAUUGCGCUCUCUGUCAAGCCAAUGUUCUGCAGGAGAUAGAUUACCGGUACUUUCAUCUCAAUGUGAGCGUCUUAGAAUGUUGUAUCGUGAUUGUGCCAGACCCCCUCCACCGCCCAAUAAAUCUACAACAAGAGCAAUGAAGGUGAUGACAUUUGACCCUACAAGAACAUUUCCUCCGGUGUGUGGUUGUCUCUUUUACCAGGAUUUUACCGGGCUAAGCUUCCUGUCAGAUCUAACCUACAGCACCAGCUACCCACGUGGUACAUUUGUUUAUGCCAACCAACCUAUACCAAGUAUGGCCCCAUCAUUUUACUGGGAACUGAAACUAUCAUCGUUUGGGGACAGUGGAGAGGAACCAGGACCCUGUAUCUCAUUUGGUUUUGCUCCUGAUGCUGACAGGAGACGGAGUGGGGCCUGGACCAACCCUGUAGGAACUGUACUGUUUCACAAUAACGGCAGAGCAGUGCAUUACAAUGGGUCAAGUCUUCUACAGUGGCGAAGUGUUCGUCUUGACAUCACACUUCAAAGUGGAGAUGUUGCUGGAAUUGGUUGGGAGAAGGAUAAGACUUCUGUACGAGGUAAUGAGAAAGGUCAUGUUUUCUUCACAUACAAUGGCCGGAGGCUAGACACAUCUUUGGAUGAUGUUGCCGGUGGGCUCUACCCUGUCGUUCAUAUACAAAAGAAGAAUACACGUAUUCGCGCCAAUUUUGGGUCACGCCCAUUUGCAUAUGCAGAAGGCUUGCAGCAUUACAAGGCAGCUGAGGGCUGUUCUGACUCAAUGGAGGAGAUCAGCGCCAACUUUGGGGUUUUACCAUUUCACACAGAAGAGGAGAGUGAUAGUGAUGGCGCAUCUUCAACUAGUCCUUCCUCGGAGUCUGCGGGUGAUAGCAAGACAGCAACACCAUUGGCUACUGUGCAGACCACCUUAUGUAAAGUAGUAGAAUCACUUUCACAACCACAAGAAUAUGACACUGACAUGUCAAAGCUGUACAGACUAACCAAAAGCUAUGAUAACUUCACUAACACUGGACCAGAUGUCCGCCUGCUAAUGACCAAUCAGGAGGACGAUAGUGAUGAUGAUGAUGGUGAUGAACAUGCUCAUGAAGAUCACCAUGCCUUGCUGGUGAAAGCUUGGGAAAGUAAAGUUUUUCCAGUUAUUAGGAGACGAUUUAGGAAUGAAGCAGAAAGAAGAUCUGGAUUGGAACAAAUAAAAGGAGCUUUGCAGCUAGGUAUGACUGACAUAGCCCGGCAAACAGUGGAAUUCCUUUAUGAAGAGAACGGCGGAAUGCCCAGAGACCUCCACCUGCCAACCAUGGAAGACAUCAAAGCAGAGGCGGCUAAGUUUUCGGUUGACAAGGUUCGUAAAGGCACAUCUGUUGUCAUAUGUCAACCAGAGAAUAUCGUGUCUUCAAGUGGCACAAUGGUUCCGAAGUAUGCAGUCAGAGGAAUGUUGAAGACAUUUGGCUUAACUGGAGUUGUUCUUGAUGUUGAUACGCAAAAUGAACUUGUCCAAAUUGAGACUUACCUUCGAAGUGAGGGUGUUCUUGUUUGCUAUUGGUAUCCAAUUGAGGCCCUACAGAAGCCAAGAGCAGGCUACAGACAAAGUGACUCAUCUGACCUCGCAACAUUUGACAUCUCAAACAUUAACAUUCACAAAGAACUUGUUGGCUUUGAAUCCAGUCUUGCGAAGAUGUACCUCCGGAGAGCUUUAAUGAACUUACUACAACUUGCUGAUAACAAACAUGUGGUAGAAGCUCUCACCUGUCCUCUGACAACAUCAGAAGCAGCUGCCAGUCAAAGUCAAGACACCACCCAGUUGAAGCUUCUAUCUCAUCUUCUUCUAGCUCCUCCUCAAUCAGAUGGCAGUCUCCAGUUGACAUCAUUGCUGACCACCAAGUCACCAAAGCAGAGUUUAUCAAGUAGUCUGCUUCGCUUCUCUGAUAUCUUCUAUGAAGAUGCUGAUGUCUUAAGAAAUGACCUAAAAGCAGCAAUAGCAACUGCUCUUAAACAGAGUGAAAGCCACUUAAUGGAACUGACAUCAGAGUUCUGUGGAUUUUUACAGAUUGCACCAAAGAAUUUUCCAUUUGAAGAGGUUGUAGUUAAUGAAAAUAAGAUCAACACAGACCUGAAGUUUCCUGGAGCAUUUGCCAUUGUUGUGAGCUGUAGACAAGACAGUAGAACAUCUAAGAAAGAGAUGUCUUUGUACCAAGCUCCAUGGGCUAGGAUUUUUCAUUAUGGGCUAGGACAUAAAAUUAAGAGAUCUGGCCAAACUGCACCAAGAGAAGUAAUAUCUUAUCCUGCCAAUGCUUCGUCGAGUAAUGCUGGAGGCUUAGCAGGACCACCAAGCUAUGACUUACAGCCGUAUCCAUCAGUUAUCCUUCCAUGUGAUUGCAUUUAUGCUAAGAUUGGAGUGUCACCUCCUCCAGGGUUUGUCAUUACUGUGCAUGCAUUACCAUCUAAUUUUCCAUUGGCAAUGGCCUUCAUUGAAACUCUUAUUAGUUACUGUACUGAUGCUAAGCUUGCUUAUCCUGAAAGCCUUCAGACAUCCAUUACCACCACCAUGAAUGAAGGUGAGAAGAUAGUGAGAAAACAAGAUGUACCACUUGGAAGCAGUGUUCUGUUAUAUAUAUUAGAACUCAUAGCAAAUUAUGUAUGGACAACAUCAAUUCCACCAUCCAUCAAGGAAUACCUCUUCCAUAUGAUGGCACAGCUCCUGAGAUUGGCACGAAAGAAAGAAGCUGGGCAGCCGAUGAUGCCCUCUUUAAGUCUGAUGCUUCGACUUCAGCAGCUUCAACUAGAGCUUUUAAAGCUAUAUGAAUUGGAAGUCAUAGAGACAUCUGGUGAAUUUUGCAGACACUCUACAUAUUUCUUUUCAUUGAUGGAAAUCUGCUUAGCUGUCUCAGAACUUGGUACUCCUGUAGGUUCACCAACACCAGUGUCACCAAGCACAUCUUUGAUGGGCUCUUUUGGACUGCCAUCUAGUCACAGUUCAGCAAAACGCAAGAAAACAAAGUUAAAAAAAGGCAUAAUGCCAAGACGAAGCAGUGAAUCAGAGGUAGACUCUGCUAGGCGGAAGAGAUCGGAUGAGCAUUUGUGGUUUCAGCGUGCAACAUCAGCUUCAGUGUUACUUCGAUGUCUGUCACAUGAAUUUCAAACAGACGAAAGUACAAUGGAAGAGUCUUUGCUAGAAGCGCAUCAGAAAAUAAGCUCUCCAGCAUGUCAUUCAAGACUUUUGAUAAUUUCUGGUAUUCCAGUUUGUUUGGAUGAACCUACUGUGAGAAGAGCUAUCACAGAGAUUGCCAAUGCCCAUGGUGGUCUUUUUAAGGAUGAGCUUUGGAUACCAAUAGAGCAACAUAAGCAAGGUUUAUUAAAAGAGACUACUGAACAGAAAUCUGCAGAGACUUCUCAGGGACAUAGAUCAGAUGAUGAUUCCACCUUGCAACUUUGUGCUGAUGUUCAGAGUCUAUUAGCAGAAUUACUAUCUGGUAUGGAUCUAUGGCAAGAACAACAACAACAACUAGCAUCUGUCACAGAUAGACCACCUCCUGCAGUUCAAGCAGCAGAAACAGUAGGAGCAACUGCAACAAAUCCAGAUGGUAGUAUUGAUGUUGAUUCAGAUAAUAUUCCAUGCUCAAGGAUAAAAGGCUAUGCUGUGUUACAAGUAAGGAGCCAUGCUAAACUGGAGAAUAUGGAGAGUUCACUUCUAAGUAGCAAAGCACUAUUUCAAAUAGAUGGUGAGACUGUUGCAGGAGAGGACAUCUUAACCAUUGCUUCUGUUAAUCCAGUUCUCCUCACAGAUGCUGCAGAAAUUAAAAUAUUACUAGAAUACCUGAGAGCCAAGCUUCAGUUAUCAGAAAACUGUUUGAAUUACAAAGCUGCUCAGAUCAUGUCAGAGAUGUUUUUCAGUACAGUCACAGCAACUGAAUCUUCAAAGAUAAAAGAACAAGAAAAGCCUGUUGAAUCUCCCGAUGUCCCACAAACCCUUACCAAAGAGCAGAUUCUUCAGCAGAUUCCAGGCAACCUCAUGUAUGAGUUUUUUACAGGUAGUAAAGCACCAAAGAAAUCUUGCUCUGAACAAGUGGUGCAAGUCUUACGUCAUUAUGGUAUUCCUAAACCAUCAAAACCCAAAAAGUCAUUACCAAAGUCUUCUAAAGAACCUGGAAAAGGUGUUGGGAAGAAGAGCACAAAAUCUGCGAAAGAAAAAAUGCUUGUAGCAGAAGUUACAUCUCCUCCAAAAUCAAAAACAGGAGAGAAGAAAGUAAGGAAGGUAGAGAAAGGGACACGAGAGGCAAGUGAGUUGAAAGGCAAAGAAGUACAUGAAGAAAGAGUGCUGACUAAUUUAGGCUUUCUUCAGUAUGUGUCAGAGAAAGUAAAAGAAGAUGUCACUGCAGUUUGGAGAGGAAUCAUGGCUUGUGGCUACAGCCUGCAAUUUGAAAAGUUGUUCAGUCCAGAUAGCAAUUCAGCACUAUCAACUUUGAAGAAUUGGAGGAAUGAAAAAGAUCUUGCAUUAAUUUCCUUUGUCAACUCCCUCUGUCGGAAAUUGGCUGUUACACCAACUAGACUUCACCCCCAUGAAAUAUAUGUGUCUGAAGCAGAGUUAGCUUAUUCUGACUACCAGUCCUUACAAGGUACCUCAACCGAAGUCCUCAUUCUCCGCUUUGCACUUCUUCAAAACCUUAACAACCAGCUGGAAGCAUGCUUCUUGCCACUUGUGGAUCUCAGACCAGCUAAGACAUUUAACUUGUCAUCAGCAGCAUUGCUUGAGCAGUCAAGAGGUCUUCUCUUCUACGACACCAAGGCCAAGUUAUUCAACACAAUACUUGAUGCUACAGCUCAGCGUAAUGUUGACCAGGCUGCCCCUGAGAUCACCCUUGAUCCCCUGGAAGUGUUGGGUGCUGAUGUUACAGGGUGCCUGUCUACACAAUUUUGCCAAGCAGCUCGUCAACUGUCAACUGUUCCUUCCUCUAAAUUAUGUGUUAAGUUAGCGAGCGGAGGAGACCCAACUUAUGCAUUCAAUGUCCGUCUCACUGGUGAAGAGGUUCACGGCAAUAGUGGCUCAUUCCGUCAUUUUCUCGGCCAAGUCACCAAAGAAUUACUGAGUCCUUCCUUAGGCCUUCUUGUACCAUCCCCUAGUGCAUCAGUUGGUAAAAAUAUAGGCAGAUACAUGCUCCGUCCAGGCCCGUUAACAUAUCCAGAGGAGAAGUUUCUACAAUUCCUAGGCCAGUUUCUCGGGAUAGCCCUAAGGGCUGAUAUUCCCCUAGAUCUUGAUCUCAUGCCCUGCUUCUGGAAGGGAUUGGUAGGGAUAGAUAUGGACAUUGAUGCAGACUUAAAAGAAGUGGAUAUUGUCACAUAUAAAUACCUCCAAGAUUUGGAAAAGGUAACAAAUGAGAAAGAUUUCCUGUCACUGUUGGCGAAGUACUCAGUAAAUGAAAAUCAAGAGGUUGAGUGUGAUGAAGAUGAGGAGGAAAGUCAAUAUACUCAUAAGUUCACUCACACUACACUCACAGGUGUUGAGGUUGAACUUAUAGAUGAGGGUCAUGAUAUUAGACUCAGCUGGGACAAUCGCCUUGAAUUCAUCAAAGCCAUAAGGGAGCUACGCCUGGAAGAGAUGGUAUGCUGGGAGCGAAUGCAAGCAGUUCGAUGUGGCCUAGCCUCCAUUGUCCCUAUACAACUACUCUCCAUCAUGUCAGUGCAGGACAUUGAACUAAGGCUAUGUGGGCUACCAACAGUUGACUUAGAUUUCCUCAAGGCACACACCAUGUACCAGGUGGGCUUAGUUGAAACAGAUCCACACAUACAAUUCUUCUGGCAAGCUCUCGAAAGCUUCUCACAGGAUAACCUAUGUCGUUUUGUGAAGUUUGCUUGUAACCAGCAGCGAAUUCCAUGCACCUGUCCAUGUAAGGAUGGUAACGCAGACACUACUCACGUACCUCCUUAUCCAAUGAAGAUUGCACCCCCAGAUGGCUCAAGUGGAUCGCCUGACUUGAGGUUCAUCCGUGUGGAGACCUGCAUGUUCAUGGUGAAACUACCGCAAUAUUCCAGUUUAGAGAUCAUGAAGAAGAGACUCUUAUAUGCCAUCAACUGUAGGGAUGAUCCCCUGAGUGGCUAGCAAUCUUAAUUACAAAUUAACAACUUAAUAAAUGAAACUGGGCAAUCACUGCACCCGGCAGUUGUCAGCCGACGUGAUUCUAUGGAGAACGCAACACCACAACGUGCACGAAACUGAUCCUUUUUAAUGACCAUCCCUUCAGACAGCCACCAAAAAUCAGCAAACACAGCGGCGCAUCGCCUAGUGCUCAAAGGAAGUUUGGAUUUGUCAGCCAACAGUCAUACAACUACCAUACGAUGCAGUGAGUUUACUGCUUAAGAUUCAGGAACAUUCUUCAAUGUGGGUAGCGGUCACAUAAACAAAUUAACAUAGAUUAUGUCAGAUUUUUUCAAGGCGAUUGCUGGAAGAGCGGUAAACCUAUAGCUAUCAUUAUUUGUAAAUUUUAUUGAAUAUUGUGUGAAUUUGUUUGUGUAUGUAUGUGUGAGCAUGUUGCAAUGUUGGCAAUUAAGCUAGUAAUGUAUAUAAAAUGGUAGCCCAUUUGUUUUCAUGAAAACAAAAGAGUGUUUAAUUUUAUAAUACAUAAAAAAAGGAAAGGGAGAUAUAGAAAAUGCUAUUUUGAAACGGAGCCUCCAUAUUAAAACUUGAAAUUACCAUUGUUAUAUGACUUGGAAGAUGACCUUUAAGUUAAUUAACUUUUUAAAGUUAAUUGAUGCUAUCUUUUUAAUUGCCCAACAAACUAAUUAUCAGUAUCACUAUCAUUUUAUUGUUGUUAUUCAUAUUAUCACUCAUACUAUUAUUAUUAUUAUUAUUAUUAUUGUUAUUAUUGAUGAAUAUACUGCAUCACUUGAUAAAAGGCUCUAUAUAUUUCUAUAUUAUUAUUAUUAUUGUUAUUAUUAUUAUUAUUAUUAUUUUAAAAUAUGUGCAGAAUUGUUGAAACUUUUUAUUACAAGAAAAAAAUAUAAAUAAUAUUAUCUGUGAUGUGACUGCAAGUAAACCAAGUACUUUCCUUGGUACUAUAUGUUAUGGAAACUUAUUAAGAAUCGCAGGAGAAUAGCUUGUUAAUGAUAGUGGAUGAAUCCAUGUGUAAUUUAACCAUAACAAUCUACCAGCAAAUUUAAGAUUAAUUAUUAUGAGAGAAGUUUGUUUUACAAACUUAAACAAAGAUGGUAUUGUAGGUAUUGCUAUGGGGUAUCACUGUAAUAGAAACUAAUGAAACUUAAGCUGAACUUAAAUGCAUUUUCCAUGUUUUUUGAAGGACAAAUCAUAAAAUAAAGUUUAGGUUAGUACUUAGUAAUACUAAUUUAUUGAAUAGAUAGAUGAUCAACAAAUAUACUGUAAAUUAAUGAGCUUUAAUAUAAUAUGUAAUGUAAAAGAAAUACAAGACAUUUAAUAUAUGAAAUAGAGUCUGCAGAUUUAGUUGAAUUUAGGUCAUUUAUUUUGAUAUUAUCUUACCUACAAAGCUAUUUUUGCUUUUUUACUGUUGAGCUAUAUUCAAGAUAUUUCAAAGUAUUUUUGGAAACUUAAAGGUGUAUUAAUAUUAUUGAUAUAAUUUAGAAAAUAGUGCCACACAUGUUAAUAUGUGUCAAUUAUUUGGAGAUUAAACAUUCAUCUACUUGAAUCAAUCACAUGCAGAUGGAAUCCUCACCUGUUGCAAUUGAACAUUAUCCUGUUGCAUGUGGAAACCUUACCUGCUGCAUAUGGAACCUUCUUCCAUUGCAGGUGGUACACUCACCUGUGACAAGUGCAACUUUCACUUGUGGCAGGUGAAAAUGUCACUUGUUUCAGGUGGUCCACUCAUUGUAGGUGGUAUUCUUACCUGUUGCAUAUAGUACCCCACCUGCCUCCUGGUCACAGUCAUAAACUUAGAUAUAAAAAAUAACAAUUACCAAGCAAGAAUUUCGAUGGAAAUAACUACUUGUCAAAAUAUAUUAAUUAUGCGUAAAUUUGAAUUAUUAAUUAAAAAAUUUAAAUACUGCUUCCUUAGACAAUGCUUCGUAAAGCAAACCAAAGAAAAAUUUCUAUUUUCACUAACAAAUAGCUAUUAAUGGGAAUAUUCUAUAAAAAAAAAUUAAUAUUGAAAGAGUUUUGUAAAUGAAUGAUGUGGCAAUGUUUUUGUCCAUCAUGGAGUUCCAUUACCCGAUUCUGGGUUGACAAUGAAUAAUGAAGAUGAAUGAUGACGUUAUAUGUUUAAAAAUAAAUUAGUUACAUUUAUGAUUGUUCAUAGUCAUUAGUAAUUAGCAUGUGUUGGACCUGAUUUAUCAAACUAUUAUUCAGAAAAAGUUUAAUUAUUUAUUAAUUAGGUUUAAUUUUCUAUUAAUUAAUAUUAUGCUGAGUGGAUACUGUGUGUAAUUAUUUAUAUAGGUGCUUAACCUGAUCUAUUAAAACAAGUCGGAAAUAUUUUUGAAUUAUAUUUAAAGUGAUUAACUAAAUAAUACAUGAAAUCUAAAACAUGUUUUGUUUAAAUUUUCUAGACUUACGAUAAUACCAUUAUUGACAAGUCUCAGUAUUUUUCUGCUUGUAGAUUUUUAUUAUUAUUUGUAAUCAUUUAUUAAAGUGGUAAACUCUUGACGAUCAAUAAAUAACCAAGCAAUCAUACAGUUACAAAGCUAUGGCUGAUAUUCCUAUUUCCCUUUGAAUAGAUGUAUAAAUAUCAAGCUUAUAUCCUAAUAUGGUAGGACAAUUUCAAAUAUGGCAGUAAUUUGCCAUAAUAAUAUAUAUUCAAACUAGCCAUGUUGUAUUGUGUCU